GCAAAGAGCAUGGAUUCAAAUUGGAAUAGAAUCUGUAGAGCUAUGAGUCUGCCCCAUGAUGUAAAGGUGUCAUCUGCAGCAGUGUCUUCUUGUCCUCGGACAGAAGGGGAGAUUUUGCUAAGGAGAUUCUUCUUGAAUGAACUUAAAAUGGCGACCUGGAACUUCCAUCCUGAUAAUAUGGUGGGCGAAGGUGGUUUUGGUUCUGUUUUCAAGGGGUGGGUUGAUGACUCAUCAACAGCUGCCAACCCUGGUAAGGGCAUGUUGAUUGCUGUGAAGAGGAUUAACAAAGAAGGUUUCUUGGGUCACGAGCUAUGGUUGACAGAAAUUUACUACCUAGGAAGGCUGCGUCAUCCAAAUCUUGUGAAAUUGUUGGGUUAUUGCUUUGAAGAUGAUCAUCGGCUUCUGGUGUUUGAAUUUAUGUCUCGUGGCUCAAACAUAUCCACUUGCCAUUUUGUGAAACGGGAGGGGAACAAGGUUGCUCACCGAGGAGCCGGAUCCCUGGACAAAAGCCUUUCGACUGUGCAACAGAAUUUAGUUGACUUGGCCAAACCUUACCUCGCCAGCAAACGCAGAGUUCUCAAAGUUUUUGAUCCUCGUUUAAAAGGCCAGUACUCUGUGGCUGGAGCUCUUAAAGCAGCUAAUCUUGCAAAACAAUGCUUAUCAGAAGAACCUGAGUUUAGGCCAAACAUGACUGAGAUGGUAAAAGCAUUGGAGCAGCUUCAGGAACCUGAAGACAUGAAGGGUUUGAAGAUUCCUCAAAAUGAGCCUUGCCAGAGUCUUCGUGCCAAUUCAAACAAUCGCAGGAGAAGCACAAGUUGGAUCAGCUUCAUGCCAUCUGCUUCCCGCAGCUAUACAUAA